AUGGGUUCUCGAGCUCUUUUGAAGGCGGUCUCGGCAGGAAGACCUAGGCAGGUUCGUCUUUUGUUGGAUUCCGGUGUGGAUCCCAACGAUACGGAUGAUUUGGGACAGACACCUGUGAUUUCGAGCCAUCUUUAUCGAACAUCCAAAAAUCGAGAGAAGAUCGUGAGAAUGUUGUUAAAACGCGGUGGUGUUGUGAGUCAAGCAGACGUCGUUGGCCGAAGCGCACUUCUGUGGGCAUGUUUGUAUGGCAGAGAGGCAGAAGUUAGUCUUCUACUAGAGUAUGCGGAUCUCGAUCUGGACCUUAAUCGAUCAGACAUUAAUGGACAAACCGCUUUGUUCCAUGCGGCAUCUAGCGGCAACGCUGCCAGUGUCAAACUGAUGGUGGGCGCCAUGAUGAAGUACGAGCUCAGCGUGGACGUCCCAGACCACUGUGGCAUCACGCCAUUAAUGCAGACGGUCCGGCUUGGAUACGAUAUCUGCUCCAGUAUACUAAUCCAUCAUGGGAAAGCAAGAACAGGCUUGCGGGCUAAAUACCCAGAAGAUUUCAUCAAAGCUGAAAUGUGGGCUGUCAAAGCUCAUUGUAAACGAGAGACUGAAGUGCGCAAUGUCACCGCUUUCCCGCCAAUUCUUUCACAAGCUUCCAAAAAUUAA